UCACUGCACCACUAGCGAACAGACCUGAGUCCCGCGUUCAUACAUGAAAGGCGCACCAUCCAACACGUGCUUUGUUAACAGCUGUAACAUUGUCAUGCAGUAGGGGGGAACCCUGUUGUGAUUCAUAGCAUCGACCCUGUCCUCUUCACAUUCCAAGAUCUUACCAUCAGGUUUUCUUCGUGGAGCUACUAUAUUGAAGAUGGAGGCAUUUGGAUCCAACACCACCUGUCCAAAGCAGGCGCUACUCAGCUACGUCAAUAACAACGUGAUCGGAGGGGAGGCAUUAUUCCGUGGUCCAUUCGGACAGAGAAGGGUGAUAUAUUGCGAUUACACAGCUUCUGGAAGGCCUCUGCGGUGUAUUGAGAACUACAUCAGCGAGUACGUCUAUUCUAUGUAUGCCAACACCCACACCACAACUACAGUGACAUCGAAACAAACGACGCAGUUCAGGCACGAGGCCAGGGAAUUGAUUCGUAGCUGCGUCAAUGCCACCGAAGAUGACGCAGUGAUUUUCACUGGAAGCGGCUCUACCGGGGCCAUACACAAACUGCUUAACGUGAUGGAACUGCACGGAGAAAAAGCCGCAAGGACGAUGGUGCUGGUCGGUCCGUUUGAGCACCACUCCAACAUACUACCAUGGCGAGAGAGCGGAGCUAGGGUUGUGCGAAUCCAGCAGACGGCAAAUGGACUGGUAGACUUGGCUGAUUUGGAGUCUAAGCUCCAGACAUAUUGCCAGAAGUACGAUCUGAUACUGGGAUGUUUUUCAGCAGCCUCGAAUGUCACGGGUAUCAUUACCGACACCAAGCCGGUGGCGGCGCUCUUGCAUCAUUACGGGGCCUUGUCGUUCUGGGACUACGCUACCGCAGCUCCGUAUUUGGACAUCGAUAUGAAUCCCGAAGAUUGCCGGCCAGAUUGGGACUGUUCAAAGGAUGCCGUGUUCAUAUCUACCCACAAGUUUGUUGGAGGCGUUGGGACACCGGGUCUUUUAAUCGCCAAGAAGUGUCUGUUCGUUAACAAGGUACCACACGGCGCAGGCGGGGGUACGGUUGCAUAUGUGUCACGUGACAUGUACCACUAUCUUCGCGACAUUGAGGCCCGGGAGGAAGGCGGCACUCCGGCUAUCGUAGAAUCCAUCCGCGCAGGUUUGGCCUUCCAGAUUAAGCACGCUGUGGGUGUAGAUCACAUCGAAGAGCGGGAGGAGCAACUAGCAAGGUACGCUUUUGAGAAGUGGCAGUCGAACGAAAAUCUCUUGAUUCUUGGCAACAAGGAAGUAUCCCGUCUUCCCAUCUUCUCCUUCAUGAUCAGGCAUCAGGAAACUGGCAAACUCCUCCAUCACAAUUUUGUCUCCGUCCUCCUGAAUGAUCUCUUUGGCAUCCAGGCUCGGGGAGGAUGCGCAUGCGCAGGUCCUUACGCCCACGAUCUUCUUGGGAUUUCCGAAGACAGCGCUGUCAAGUUUUACGAACUCCUUCGUGAAGACAGGAGAAACAUGUGCAACGAGGAACCCGCAGAGGCGGUUAGGCCGGGAUUUGUUCGCAUCAAUCUCCCCUACUUCGCCACCGAAGAGACCAUCGAUUACGUAACAUCGGCAAUUGACAUGGUGGCUACUCAUGGCUGGAAACUUCUUCCACAGUACCGGUUCGACCUGAAGAGUGGUGCCUGGACCCACCGGGUCGGUGUCGGCAGGAAGGGUCCCGGACUAUCCAGCCUGUAUGACAUCAACUACGACCAUGGCUUCAUGGAGAUUGACUCAGACACCGAAGACCAGUGCCUGGGUCAGACCAGACUAGAACACUACCUGCAGGAGGCGCGGGUGCUAUUUGAUCAAGCUGUAGAGGAUAACUUGGUGUUAGACGCUCUGCAAGAUCCCGAAGUUCAACUCAGUGAGCCGUACCAAGACUUUCUGUGGUUUGUUCAGCCUCGUGAGGCGGCCGUCUGCCUUCAUGACGCUUGGUCGCAGACGCUCCAACAAGCUCUCAAGAGUGGCUACGUUUUCGUGAUCGAAGACGGCUGCUCCGAGGUGGAUUCUGAGGUCGUUAUCGACCGCUAUGGAGAUACGAUGGUAACGCCAUUGGACCAGGAAGAUGCGGCUACCGUACCGCACGCUACGCUGGAACUGUCCCACCACGGCUACGGUGAGAGCUUUACCGCUGACUUCGAAGACGUGGCGGUGGUACCGGGAGAUGAAGUUGAUACGUCAGACCCAUUUACUUACCACGGUGACAUGGAGAUGUACACGGGGACAGUGAGCUCCGCCUUCGAUUUCACCAAGCCUGGGCACGGUGUGAGUUACGGAGGAUUGGAUGGAGAAUUCGAGCCGGGUGAGAAGCCAAGAUCGAGGCAUCCUUCCCUCUGUCGUGCUUUCUCCAACGAAAGUGGCUACAGAAGCGACGAGGAAUUUACCUAUGCAGGCACGGUUUGACAUUGCUAGAUAUAAGAUUUGGUCGAAGUUACAGGGUACGUCUGAGCAGCACAAUGCACAUCUUCCCUUGAUUGAAAGAAAACAUUGCUACACGAGUCUCGCUCAAACUCUUGGACAGAGGGAAGUAUACAUGUAAAUUAAACUCCACUGAAGCUUGGUUUAAGGGGAAACUGUUAAACUGCACAUAUAUGUAUCUCUUUAUGUACAGAGGAUAUUAAGGCUGUAAUAAAUUGGAAUACUUCAUAUUUACUUAAGAUAUUUCUAACUUAUAUUUCCCUCAGUACUUCAUCAGUAAAUCCGUUCUGAUCCAGUGUCUUUGUGCUGUUUAUAUUACUGCUCUUGUACAUCAUUACUGAAGUAUCAAAAUGUCUUAAAGAAAAAAAAAAUCAAUUAACUUUAUUUUAGGAUGCUGACGCAUGCUUCAUAACACAGCUUAGUAUUCGUUCGAAGAAAGUUUGUCAGUGUUAAUUUUUGGUGAUGGGGUUCUAGUGAUCGGGACUUUUAUUUUGGUUUUGUCACUUCUUAGCCAGUGGAAUAGAAUCUACAAUUUUUCUUGCCACUCGAAUAGAGCAACAUAUGAUUUUAUCAACUGAACUCGUUGACCAGUAUCUUUCGCUGACUUUAAAUUAGUUUUGAAGUUUCGUCUAAUAUAUGUACAUUGGCAAUGAAAUUGCUACUUUUGACAAUUUAAUCUUGUAUUCUGUCUUAUUGCAUCAAAUGUACAAACAUGUAAUUAUAUAAAUUAAGAUGAAUUUAUUCCAAUGGUUGUAAUUGUAAAUUGGUAUUUUAUAUGUAACAUGUAUCCAGUCAAACAAUGUGAAUAAAACUAUGCGAAUAUCUCUCUGUACGGUAACAUUGAAUGUUUUAUACAUUAAAAAUAAUAGUUGAGUAUAAUUCUUUGAAUAAUUAUGUUUAUUAGCUUUUGACAAUAGAUGCAAGCAAUGAAUUAUUUUGGUUGAUCUUAAUUCUCAGCUUAAAAGAACUAAACAGUUAUCUAGUUAAAAGAAUAGUUAUAGGUAUGCAUCUUCGCUUUGACAUAGGAUUAAUUUCGAAUGAUGUUUUUGUUAUGUAGUAAUAUUUACCUACAAUUCCAGCAAUUCCUUGAAAUUUCUUGUUUGUCCGAAGUUGCCUAAUGACGUUGACACUAAGCUUAUCGUGUAUAUAAUAUAGCCAGAAACCACACAUGUUAUUACUAAAGGCUGUUGUACAUAAUUGUGGUGUAAGUUAACGAAUAUUUUGGUAUCUACUACGACUGUGUAAGGCGUUUGCCCCGAUUCAAAGUGAGACAUUUCUAAUAAAGAAGACAAUGAAACCAGAACCGUGAGCAUCA